AUGAAUUAUGUUACAGCUUCUCUUAAGGAUUUAUUACCCUCAAAUUAAAAGGCUGUGAUUAAGUUCAAAAUAACACCUGGUAAGAAAAUAGAUUCUAUCUGCUAAUGCAAUUAAAAAACCUGUAUGAUAUGUUCUCGUAAAAGAUCAUCAUCUAUGCUUUCAUUAAAAUCAAUAAAAAAUUCAGUUGCUAUUGAUGAAAAUUCUCCUGGACUUAAAAGAACAGAUAAUAAAAACAAUUUUGUAAUACAAUCUAGCCUGCUUUCUAAGUAACUAUCAAGGUAAGUAUCUAACCAUCAAAUCCAAAAUUAAUUUUACAAUGGAAAAAUCAAUUAGGAGUCCAAAGGUAGCACUAAUUCAACUACCUGGAUAAUGACUAAUUCUCAUUCUCGAAAAAUAUCGGUAGAUAGUCCAAUAAAGGAAAUCUAAUAACAAACUUUAAAUUCAAUGGGAAUAGGAAGACAUUCUUUCAAGUUUCUAUACGUAGUUGGUAAGGGAGGGUUUGGAAAAGUAUGGAGAGUGGAAAUGAAGGCAAAUCGAUAGGAAUUUGCUUUAAAAGAAAUGUUAAAAACCAAGAUUAUAUCUAAGAGAUCAGUCAAUUCAGUAAUGAAUGAGAAAUUCCUGCUCGAACACUUGAAGCAUCCAUUUUUAGUGAAUAUGCACUAUGCAUUUUAGGAUAGGGAAAAUCUCUACUUAGUUUUAGAUAUAUUAAGAGGAGGAGAUUUAAGAUAUCACAUAGGUAGAAUGAAAAAGUUCUCUGAAGAAUAAACAAAAUUUUUCGCUUGCUGUAUAUUGUUGUCUUUACAAUACUUACAUUAGCAUGGAAUUAUCCACAGAGAUGUCAAACCUGAGAAUUUAGUAUUUGAUAAGGAUGGAUUUCUAAGACUGACAGACUUAGGAGUGGCUCGUUUAAACAAGGAUAGUGUGGCUAAUGAUACUUCUGGCACUCCCGGAUAUAUGGCACCUGAAGUAAUGUGCAGAAUGGAACACUCAUUUCCUGUUGAUUAUUAUGCUGUGGGUGUAAUAGUCUAUGAACUUCUAAUUGGUAAGAGACCUUAUAAUGGGAAGAAUCGAUAGGAAAUUCGAGAAUAAAUAUUGGCUAAAUAAAUAUAAAUUAAAGAAAACACACCAGGAAUAAGCAAUAAGGCCAUUGAUUUUGUCAACAAAUUGCUAAUUAGAAAACCUUAACAAAGACUCGGAUUUAAUGGAAUUGAUGAGAUUUUAAAUCAUUCUUGGUUACACAAUUUUCCUUGGGGCAAGCUUUUAAAUAAAGAAAUCAGAUCUCUAUAUGUACCUGGAAGUAUCGAUGGCAACUAUGACUUUUAAAGCUAGAUCUCAGCUGACAGCGAUCCCUCAGAAGACAGUUCCAUGGUAUUAAGAAGGAAGAGCGUAUAAGGAUUAUUUGAAGGAUACAAAUUCCAAUGA